CAUCUCUCUCUCCGCUCACUGUUCGCUUCAGCCCACACUGACCUGACCCUGCCAAAGCGGAACGAGUCGACGUACCGCCUACAGCCGGUCCGGAGCCGCAGUCCACAGCGCUCUCUUUAAGGAACGCAGUUUCAUCCUGACAAUAAUAACAGCGAGGAAAUCACCGCAGAAUGGCGCUGGACAUGGCUGACUCACAGUACCUCCUCAUCUUGGCACCGUCACUGGUCAUCGCUCUCAUGUUCCUGUUCUUCUGGCUCUUCAUGAAAGAAACGUCCUACGAUGAGGUUCUGGCCCGCCAGAAACGAGACCUCAAACUGCCUCCCGCCAAGCCUGAUACUCGAAAAAAGAAUGAGAAGAAGAAAAGCAAGAAAAAGGAGACUGGCGGAGGGGGAGGAGGCGGCGGUGGCGAGUCAGAAGAGGAUCUGAGGGAUUUCGAUACGUCUGAUGCCGGUAGCCCCGCAUCAAACGAUGAGGAUUCUGAGGUGGUACCCCUGACUCCACCUGUUGCAACUCCGGUCCAGGCAGAGCCUCCAUCUGGGGUACGGGAGAGGAAGAAGAAAGAGAAGAAGCCCAAAAAUGUUCAAACCGUUUCCCCAACCAUUGCCCCGUCAUCCCGUUCCGCCCCAUCAGCCCGUGCCACCCCACCUACCCCUCCUGUCUCUGAGGUACCGGCGGUCAAUGGCUCCAAACCUACUGUGUGUAAAGAGCAGCCCCUCUCUCUGACCAAGCAGUCCAGCCCACCGCAGUCUCAAGCCACACCUCCUGCUCCCACAGAGACGAUCAGCAAAAAGAAGGCCAAGAAGCAGAAGAGUGAGUCUGAAGAGCAUCCACCUGAAGUCAAACCUGAUAUGUCUCCACCUGCUGUGAAGAAGGUGGAGCCUGUGAUCACGGAGGUAAAGGCACUGGACGGAACCGCCCCUGUUACCACGGCAGCACCGCCAACCGCCUCCAGCGGCAGUGGGCGUAGAAAGAAGAAGCAGAAGGUGGAGCCUGUUGUCACAGUGGAAGAGAUGCUUGUCCAGUCUUCUGCCCCCAUCACUCAGACUGACCCGACUGCCCCAACAAACCAUCAGAACAACCAAAACAAUGAAGCCCCGCCCCCUGCUCCACCAUCCACGAAACACGGCAAGAAACAGAAGAGCGAAACCAACAAAGAGAACUCAGAGGUGAAGUUCAAAGAGCUGGCGGGGAGUCUCAGCGGACUGGUCCUGUCAGACUCUGAUGUGGUCAGUCUCGUCUCUCUGCUCCGUGAUAAGAGUCCCAAUGCUUUGGAUGCCUGGUACAAGUCCACGGUUAAGUUUGAGCCGUCGGCACAGCAGCUGGCAGAGAAGGAUCGGAUUCUGAACACGCUGCAGGAGGAGGCAUCCAUCGCCAAGGGCAAAGUCAAACAGCUGAGCCAGGAACUGCAGGCAGAGAAGCAGAAGACAGGCCGCGUGGAGUCUCUGUUACAUGAACAGCGUGUUGCCAGAGAGAAAGACAUCAUGCAGGCUAAAGCUCAGAGCUACCAGGAGAUGCAGAUUAAGUUCCAGCAGGUAAGAGAGCAGUUGGAGGGUCAGAUCGCACGGCUGCAGCAGGAGAACAGUAUCCUUAGAGAUGCUGUGGAAAGAUGCUCCACCACCAACCAGAUGGAAACCAAGCAGUCAUCCGAGCUGAAUAAGCUGCAUUCAGAAUGCAACGGUCUAAUGAAAGAGCUAGGGGAUACCAAAAACAAGCUGCAGCAGGAGGAGCUGCAGCGGAAGAGCCUUGAAGUCACCUAUAAGCAGAACAUGUCGCAACUCGAGGAUGUCAAACGUCGCUGGGAAGAUCUGCAGAACUAUUUGCACAGCGUGACUGCAGAGAGAGAAAAGCUUCAGGCUAAUAAACAAGAGCUGCAGAAUCAGCUGAUGGCAGUGGAAACCGAGAUAACCAAUAAAAGUAAGGAGAUCCAGAAUCUCCACAGCAACCUGAAGGACACGCUCAUCUGUAAAGAGCAGGAGCAGAAGAAGGUCAUGCAGCUGGAGCAGAAGGUCAGGCAGCUGCUGGAGGCAUCGCAGCACAACAUGCAGCCUGACAACCAGCUGCAGGAACAAGUUCAGGAUCUUCUUAACGAAAACAAAACGCUGAAAGUUCAGAUCGAUAACCUUCAGGCUCAGAUCAACACUCAGGCUACGACAUUAUCACAUUUUGAGGAGCUUCAAAAACUACUGGCUGAGAAAGAGCUACAGAGAAAGAGUCUAGAAGAUGCUCUCAAUGCAGAGAGGAGCAGCGGUGCCAGCCGGGAGACCAACAUGCAGGCCAUGCGCAAUGAGAACAUGACGUUGAAGGUAGACCUCCAGAAACUGCAGGCACAGAUUUCUGAGCAGGUCGUGUCUAUGGAUCAGCUUCAGCAGAGCCUACAACAGCGUGAUGAGAAGGUGAGGACGGUGGAGACCCUGCUGGAGUCCAGUCUCAUACAGGUGGCCAAUAAGGAAGAUGAAUUGAAGGACAUAAGAAAACAGUAUGAAGGUUUAAAAGAGCAACUGGAGGCAGUACAGAAACAGAGCGCAGAACAGGCGAUGUCAGGAACAGUACUAGAGGAGCUACAGCAAAAGAUUCAAGAGAAGGAUGAGAAAAUCAGAUCAGUCGAGGAGAGUUUACAGUUAGCGCUGAACGAUGAAUCUGAAAGAAAGAAGGUAAUGAAGGAUCUAGAAGAGAAGGUAAAGGCUUUGAACACUGAACUGGCACAGCUGAGGAGUAGAGAAACCCAGGAGUUAAACGCAGACAUGAGCACUAAACUCCAGGCACUACAGGCUCAGUUAUCAGUUAAGGACCAGGAGGUUGAGAGGAUGCAGAGGGAAUUGAAGGCACUACAACAGCAAAGCCAAGAAUUAUUAACAGCGUUGGCUGAGAAGGACAAACAUCUAACUGAACUUCAGGCAGAACUGGUUGGGUUGAAGGAAUCCGUGGAGCUUCAUCGCAAGAAAAACAACGAGCUACGGGAGAAAAACUGGAGCGCUAUGGAGGCGCUGUCAGCCACAGAGACCUUGCUUCAGGGAAAACUCAACAAGAGCGCAAAGGAACAUCAUACGGUGUUGGAGUCUGCAGAGGCUGAAUGCCGAGCGCUGCUGCACAGACUCCUGCCACACGUGCCUCUGCCCACCGACCAGAACCACCAGCAGUGGCUGCAGAAAUAUGAGACAUCUGUGAAGGAGUGUGCGGCUAAAGGGCACGCUGUUGCCGCGGAGAUGACCUCUGCCGCUUCCUCUAGGGCUGGAGAUGACCAGGGUUUAGCGGAAAAGUUGAAGGAAUCCGAGGAGGUCCAGAAAGUUCUACAGAAAGAUUGUGAGACGUACAAGAAGGUGUUGGCAGAAACGGAAGGAAUCCUGCAGCGGCUGCAGAGCAGCGUGGAAGAGGAAGAAAUACGCUGGAGAGAGAAGUUGGAGAAGUCACAGUGUGAUCUUAAAGAGAUGACGCAGAGGGUAAUUGCACUGGAACAGGAAGUGGACAGACUCGGCUCAGAUGGAGAUCUGGAGAGUUUACGGAGAGACAAACAGCACCUUGAAUCUGAACUGGAGAGAGCGGAGCGUGAGAGCGCCACCUAUGUGUCAGAAGUCAGAGAACUCAGAGAUCUCUUGACCGAGUUGCAAAGCAAACUUGACGGCUCGUACACAGAGGCCGUCAGGCAGAACGAGGAGCUGAAUUUGCUCAAGACUCAGCUGACUAAGACAUUGUGUAAGCUCGAGAUGGAGGAGAGCGAGCGUCAGAAAGUGGCCGGAGAUCUUUACAAGGCCCAGCAGUCUCUGGAGUUGAUUCAGGCAGAGAUCAUCAAAGCAGGCCAGACUCAUCUGAUAGAGACCGGCAGCCUCACACAAACGGAGGAGACUGAUCGAAAGGAGAAGAUGACUGCAGGGUUGAAUCAGACAGUCCAGGAACUACAGCAACUACUUCAUUCUGUUAACAGACAGCUUACCAAGGGAUGUGAACGGGAUGGUGGGGAUAAUUUAUACUCUAAUUAUGAACUUUAGUUAACCAAGGACGGCUUUGGUGUGCAUAAAGCCAACGAAUCAACCGAUGACAAUAACCCAGAUUCCAGCCCUGUUUACCAGAUCUAAACUGAUCCCUGCGCACUCCAACCUGCUGUCCAGUUCUCCCAGAACGGCGCUGACUGGACUCAGAUCCUCGUACCCUUGUCGACUCCUCCACCUGGCUUUCCUCAUAUUCAGUAGACAUCCAAGAACAAAGGCAUCCGAUAGACGGGAUGGUUAGAUUCGUUGACGUUUCGUUCACUUUACCCUUUUUCAGUUGAUGUACUUUGAAUACUACUUUUGUUAGAUCUCUUCGGCCAGAGAGAUUUUUAUCCUUUCAUAAACAGAGCAUUGAGGAUAUUUGUGUUGUUUUAAAGAUUAAAUAGCUGUUAGGAUCUACUGAUACUUAUGUUUUUGGCUCAUUUCUUGAAACCCUAAACUCAGAGGCACAAGAGUCCCAUUUUAAAGAAAUAAAUGCUUUUCCUCACAUGCAGAAUUGAUAAUCAUGCUGAUUUUUUUUUCCGGACGGGCUUAUUUUGGAGUGGGAUAUAUUAAGGUAUCAGUGGUGAAUUAUGGGUUGAAUCUGUGCUAAAUCCUGACAAGAAGCACCAUUGCAACGUGCUGCAAGUGUGAUAACAGAGUCCUCAAAAAGAAAGAGGCGUCCUCCUCAACUGUCAACACACGCUAUACUGUUGCUAAUUUCAUUAACACUGAAUUAUUGCAUUUUUUGUAAAACAGGUGACCGGUAUUAAAAGGGAUGCUUGAUUAAAAA